CUUCCUGAUUCUUUUACUUCUUACUUUACCAUGAGACAUCUCUGGGUGUUACUCUGUCUCUUUCACUCUGUAUUUGGUUCACUGAAAGUAAUUAGCAUGGAGAAGCAAUUGGCAGCUGUAGGACAUGAUGUGACUCUUGAAUGCCAACUUAUAGCCAGUACGAAGCCAGAUGUGCAGCAAGUCUCAUGGAAGAAGGAGUCGGGCGAUAACGUUGGACCAGUCGCUACUUCUAGCAAAUCAUUUGGAAAGAGAUACAUUGGAUAUUAUUCAAAUCGCAUAGCCAAUUUCACUGAAAUAACACCGAAUGUGUCGGCAAUUACAAUCCGAUCAGUGGAUCUGGAAGAUCAAGGUUGUUUUAAAUGCAUAUUUAAUAUCUUCCCUUUGGGAGCAAUGGAUGCACUCAUUUGCCUUGAUGUCUAUGAAAUGAACAUAUCUGAGCCCAAUCUGGAAGUAUACCCUAUGUCCAGCACAUCCGGCUUGAAUGAAACCUAUAUUAUCACUUGUUCUGUAACUGGAAGACCAGCACCGAGCAUCGAGUGGAGCCUGCCAUACACGUCCCAGGAGAUCCCUCAGACAUACACGAUCGAACACCCCGAUCACAGUGUUACUGUCAUUAGUAACUUUACACAAAGGUUGUCACGGCAACAGAGGGACACAACAGUGACCUGCAUCAUUUACCAUCCAGCUCUCAAAGAAGCCACCUACCUCACAAAGUCCAUCGAUUCUACCAGAGAGGAGAAUCCAUUGCAAGACAUAAUGGUCUGGGUGUGGCCUAUUGCUGCAAUAGUCAUUUUCAUCAUUUCAGUUUUAAUUGUAUUCAUCAUCACCUGCCAAGGAUACAUAAAACCGCAACAAUAUCAGAAAUGCACUGCCAAAAAGUUUUCUUCAAGCAAAACCGCCAUGAUAAGACCGACUGAUAAUUCCACGUGUCAAAAAUCCCAUUUUAAUAUUGUGUGCGUAGCUAACGUGUCCAGUUUCCCUCUAUAAUGUUAGAGUUUUGCAUUGUGAAAUGUUCU